UUUGCAAAUGUCUGACUGAGAGACAAAGAGUGGGCUUUUUCACAAGGCACAACAAGCUCAAACUUCAUAUUUUGUGGAUUCAUUUUACUCCUGUAACAAAGGUGGAAUUACUGGACAGGCACUCUCGUUGAUGAUUCACCAAUGAGAUGAUAUGGAACAGUUUGUCAUUUUCGCGUUCUUCGUGGAGUGAUGGAGCGUUGGAGAGCAAGUUUCCAGAGUUUAAACCUACUUUGCUGUUAAAUAUGAUGAGUUUUUGUUUUGGUCGUCUAUAAAAACCCCCCUAAAAAAAAGCGUCUCUAUCUGUUGGAGGAAUUCCGGCCUGUCAGCUAUUUUGGUUCCUGUCUUGCUUUCACUAUUUUGUGAAAGGAGAUGUAAAAAGGAAGGAAGGGGAGAGCGAGAGAGAGAACGACAUAGAGAGGAGGGGAGAGAGACGUAUACAGUCUGGGCGUCUCGGCAAGCGUCAGUUGUUUUCAGAGGUCGCUGAGAAGAAAGAAGCGAAGAGACAACAUGGUUCGGUGGUUCCACAGAGACAUCUCAGGCCUGCAGGCCGAGGAAGCGCUGAAGAGUCGAGGCAUUCAUGGCAGCUUUUUGGCUCGACCCAGCAAGAAAAACGUAGGAGAUUUCUCCCUGUCUGUCAGGGUGGGCGAGCUGGUGACCCACAUUCGGAUCCAAAACACAGGGGACUACUAUGACCUGUAUGGCGGGGAGAAGUUUGCCACCCUGUCAGAGCUGGUGGAGUAUUACACGGCUGAGAACGGCAUCCUGCAGGACAAGGACGGCACCGUCAUCGAUCUCAAAUACCCCCUCAACUGCUCCGACCCCACCACAGAGAGGUGGUACCACGGUCACCUGUCUGGGCCCAAUGCUGAGAAGCUGCUCUGUACGCGAGACGAGCCGGGGACCUUCCUGGUCAGAGAGUCGCUGUCCAAACCUGGAGACUUUGUUCUGUCGGUUCUGACGGACGAGAGGGGCAAAACUGGAGGAAAGAGAGUCUCCCACAUCAAGAUUAUGUGUCAGAAUUACAGGUAUACAGUGGGAGGUUCAGACAUGUUCGACACACUGACAGACCUGGUGGAGAACUACAAACGCAAAGGCAUCGAGGAGAUCUCUGGGAACUGGGUGCAUCUCAAACAGCCAUAUUACUCCACCAGAGUGAAUGCAGCAGAUAUCGACAACAGAGUGAAACAGCUGGAUCAGACCACAGGGCAGCAGCAGGAGGGCGAGGGCGAGGGCGAGGGAGGGAAGAGCAAGGCCGGCUUCUGGGAAGAGUUUGAUGCUCUUCAAAAGCUUCAGGCAAAGGUGAAAAAGAGCAGAGAGGAGGGCCAGAGGCCUGAAAAUAAGAGCAAAAACAGAUACAAGAAUAUCCUUCCCUUCGAUGACACCAGGGUCAUCCUGCAGGACACUGAUCCUGAUGUUGUGGGUUCAGAUUACAUCAACGGCAACUACGUCAGAAACAACCUGUGGGAGUCUGGAGAUCAGAAAGUUUACAUCGCCUGCCAGGGGUGCUUAGCAACAACUAUCAACGAUUUCUGGCAGAUGGUUUGGCAGGAGAACACGAGGGUGAUCGUCAUGACAACAAGAGAGGUCGAGAAAGGCCGGAAUAAAUGUGUGCCAUACUGGCCCGACCUUCAGACUUCCAAGGAGCUGGGUCCGUACCUGGUGACCAACAAUUCAGAGAGGGAAGCUGCUGAUUACAAAAUCCGAGUUUUGGAGAUCGCUCCUGUGGACAAGCCAAAACUUUCUCGUACUAUCUGGCACUACCAGUACAUGAGCUGGCCUGACCAUGGCGUCCCUCAGGAGCCAGGUGGCGUCCUCAGUUUCCUCAGUCAAGUGAACUCUAAACAGGCUGACUUUCCUGAUGCUGGACCCAUGGUCAUCCACUGCAGUGCUGGAAUUGGUCGAACAGGCACGAUCGUGGUGAUCGACAUGAUCCUCGAGACCAUUGACACUAUAGGUCUGGACGUUGAUCUUGACGUCCCGAAAUACAUCCAGAUGGUGCGAGAGCAGCGCUCUGGCAUGGUGCAGACAGAGGCCCAGUACAAGUUCAUCUAUCUGUCUGUAUCUGAGUACAUACAGACCACCAAGGCCAAGGACUGUGCCUUCAUGGAAACUGAGACAGAGUAUGGAAAUCUGCAACUCAAACACCCACCAGCGAGCAGGAAGGUCUCAAAGAACAAGGAGGAUGUUUACGAGAAUCUGUCAAAAGGAAAGAAAGAUUCGAAGAAGCCAAAGGCAGACAAGAAAAGUGGCUCCGUGAGGAAAAGAUAGAAGAACGUUUUUAUCAAAGUAUGUCAUGUUGUUAUAUUUAUGCAGGCAGUCUUUCGUUAAAGAAUUUGUAUUUUAGUGGAGACAAAAUAAAAUGAAUGUGUGAAAUUAGAGACAAGAUAACCAGUUGACAUCAGAUGUGUCACGUGAAUUCUUGGUUGAAGCGUUUGUUGAGAAUAAAGUCAUUUUGUAAUUGUC